AUGCCGUCUGCCAGUCCACAUAGAUACCGCACACGAUCGCCACACGUUAAGCUUUACUAAUCAAUAUGGCUAGAACAUAGCGUUGCAAUUGCACAUGCACACCCCUCUGAUAUUAGCCAACAGCAUUUCUGGUGCAUCAACCAGAUAGCGGCCGGCCGAAGAACACGGUUCUUUCAGACAAAGAUACACCCGUUCGGUCCAAUUGCUCUGGCUUUAGUUUGUUUUUUAUUUCCAUGCAAUAAAAUCCGACUCCACCUGUUAACAGUAUGCUCGACCGUUUUACACUUGGCGCGGCAAGGGCUACCGAGUGUUCCGGCAUUAGCACCCCUAUCGUCAGUAGAGCACCAUAUUUGCAGAAGCAAUCCAAAUUCCGACGCCCAGCUUGCACUGACCAUAUGAUUAACAAUGCAAAAUCCACCGUUAUCGGAAUAAAUAUUGUUUUUGGUUUGAUUAUCGCACCACUUUCGUUCGGACCGUGCUUCCGAUGUGAACGGGUUUGAUUUUUUCCGCGCAGCAACAACUCGCAGUUCGCGUCGUCCCCGUCGUCGAUAGUGUACGCGUACGGUGUAGGCGUAGGGAACCAUCCAUCCGUCUUCAGGAUACAGCAGCGCCCCCGGGAAGCAUGUGGUGGUGGGAUACAUUGUUAACGUAUGUCUGCGCGAGUGUCAUCAUGGCGGUUUUCUACUUUCGGUGGACCCGAAGGAAGAUGAACGCCAAGCUGGACACAAUGUCCGGUCCACGGCGGCUGCCCGUGUUGGGCCAUGCCCACAAGUUCUUCGGAGCGACACCAAGAGCAAUCGCUGGCACCCUGAAAUACUUCAGUGAAUUUCCUUCACCAGUAUGCAUACACAUGGGUCCGCUGCCACAUGUUGCCAUCUUCGAUCCUGAACAGCUCCAGGUCGUUCUGCAUUCGCAGAACUGCCUUGAUAAGUCCAUCCAGUACUCAUUCCUACGGGUUUCGGAAACUUUGAUCAGUGCACCUGGUCACCUGUGGAAAAAUCAACGCAAGGCGUUAAACCCCUCCUUUGGACCGGCCAUCCUCACUACUUUUGCCGACAUCUUCAACAACAAAUGCGCCAUCUUGACUGAGCGACUCGAGCAGUACGCAGGAAAGCCAGAGCGAAACUUCUACCGAGACAUUUCCAAGUGCACACUGGAUCAAAUCUAUGCGACCGCGUUCGGAUGCGAUUUCAACAUGCAGAACUCGCUAGAUGGCGAACGAUCACUGGAUCUGCAAGAAGCAUAUAUGAAGGUCAUGGCCAAUAGAUUUUUCUCAGUUUGGAAAUAUCCGGACUUUAUUUAUAAAUGGACAGCGGGCUACAAGAAAGAGUUGGAACUACGGCGAAUCUACCACGAAACCAUUACUUGCAAACUAGUUGACCAGGUAAGUGUUGAGGAUAAACUUCACACAAAAGACGACAUGAGCUUCAAAACCGAAGAAACGGGCAAAAGAAUCCCGGAGAAUUUCAUCGAGUGCCUGGUGAAGUACCUGCGCGCGGAAGGGGAAACGUCGAAGGACGCCGUCUAUCCGCACAUCGAUAUGACGGUGUUUGCCGGCAACGACACAUCGGCCAAGACCAUUUGUUCUAUUCUACUGAUGUUGGCAAUACAUCCCGAAGUGCAAGAACGUUGCUACCAAGAACUGAUGGAAAUUUGCCCGGAUAAAGAUCAGCAGAUAUCCUACAAGGACGCUGCAAACCUCACGUACCUGGAAAUGGUGUGUAAGGAAACUAUGAGAUUGCUACCGGCCGUUCCCUUGAUGGCACGGAUAACAACCGGAGACAUCAAAUUGAAUGACCAGCACACCAUUCCGGCCAACUGUACGAUCAUCAUGGGCAUCUUCCAAAUCCACCGGGAUCCGCGGAUAUGGGGACCUAAGGCGGAUGACUUCGAUCCGGACAACUUCCUGCCGGAUAAUGUUGCCAAGCGGCAUCCGUAUUCCUACAUUCCGUUCAGUGCUGGUCCUAGGAAUUGCAUCGGUACGCGCUAUGCGUACCUUUCGUCGAAAAUUAUGGUCGGAAGUAUCUUGAGAAAGUAUCGUCUGAAGACGUCGCUCACCAUGGACAAGCUGAGGAUCUCCUGUGGGUUGUUGCUGCACAUUUCCAACGGGUGUCAGAUGGCGAUCGAGAAGCGAUAGCAAAAUGUGGUUUUAUUUUGUUUUAUUAUAAGUUAGAGCUGUU